CCAGCCCGCUGGUCCUCGGCCGCCGUCCGGGCGCGCGCAGCCGGCGGGCGCGACUAUGCCAAAAUGGUCCUACAGGCGCGGAACAAGCACCGGGAGGCGGCCCCCAAGCCGCCCCAGCCGUCCCGUGCCUCGCAGUCGCCGCUGAGGGGGGCGCCGGACGCCGGCGCCGGGGAGCCCGGGCCCGAGCGCGCGCUUCAGUCCCCCGGGCGCAAGGGCGCCGCGAGCAGGAAGGGGCCCCGCGCCGAGCCCGCCGCGCCGCCCUCCCGGGGCGGUCUCGGGGGGCGCCUGGCAGCCUGGCUGCGCGGGGCGCUGGGCCUGCGGCGCGCGGGGCGCGGCCGGACCUGGACCACGCUCCUGCUAGCUGCCUUUGCAGCCUUGUUGCACUGGAGCCAUAUAACACACCUUUUUGAAAAUGAUCGGCAUUUUUCUCACCUCUCAACAUUGGAAAGAGAGAUGGCUUUUCGCACUGAAAUGGGAUUAUAUUAUUCCUACUUCAAGACUAUUGUGGAAGCACCCUCAUUUUUGAAUGGAGUAUGGAUGAUUAUGAAUGAUAAGCUGACUGAAUACCCCCUUGUUAUUAAUACGUUAAAAAGGUUCAAUCUUUACCCUGAGGUAAUCUUAGCCAGCUGGUACCGGAUUUACACCAAAGUAAUGGACUUGAUUGGCAUUCAAACCAAGAUAUGUUGGACGGUUACCAGAGGGGAAGGACUCAGUCCAAUUGAAAGCUGUGAAGGACUGGGAGAUCCUGCUUGCUUUUAUGUUGCUGUAAUUUUUAUUUUAAAUGGACUAAUGAUGGCAUUAUUCUUCAUAUAUGGCACAUAUUUAAGCGGCAGCCGAUUAGGAGGCCUGGUUACGGUGUUGUGCUUCUUUUUCAAUCAUGGAGAGUGUACCCGUGUGAUGUGGACACCACCGCUGCGAGAAAGCUUCUCAUAUCCAUUCCUUGUACUUCAGAUGUUGCUGGUGACUCAUAUUCUCAGGGCUACAAAACUUUAUCGAGGAAGCCUGAUUGCUCUCUGCAUUUCCAAUGUGUUUUUCAUGCUUCCCUGGCAGUUUGCUCAGUUUGUACUUCUUACUCAGAUUGCAUCUUUAUUCACAGUACAUGUUGUGGGGUACAUUGAUAUAUGCAAACUACGGAAGAUCAUUUAUAUACACAUGGUUUCUCUUGCACUUUGUUUUGUUUUGAUGUUUGGAAACUCAAUGUUAUUAACUUCUUAUUAUGCUUCCUCUUUGGUGAUUAUUUGGGGUAUACUGGCAGCGAAACCACAUUUCUUGAAAAUAAAUGUAUCUGAACUUAGUUUAUGGGUUAUCCAAGGAUGUUUUUGGUUAUUUGGAACUGUCAUGCUCAAGUACUUGACAUCUAAAAUCUUUGGCAUUGCAGAUGAUGCUCAUAUUGGCAACUUAUUGACAUCAAAAUUCUUCAGUUACAAGGAUUUUGAUACUUUAUUAUAUACCUGUGCAGCAGAGUUUGACUUUAUGGAAAAGGAGACUCCACUAAGAUACACGAAGACAUUGCUGCUUCCAGUCGUUCUUGUUGUGUUUCUAGCGAUUGUUAGAAAGAUUAUUAGUGACAUGUGGGGUGUCUUAACUAAACAACAGACACAUAUAAGAAAACACCAGUUUGAUCAUGGAGAGCUGGUUUAUCAUGCAUUACAACUGUUAGCGUAUACAGUGCUUGGUAUUUUAAUUAUGAGACUGAAACUCUUUCUGACACCACACAUGUGUGUGAUGGCUUCCUUGAUCUGCUCAAGACAGCUCUUCGGAUGGCUCUUUUGCAAAGUGCAUCCUGGUGCUGUAGUUUUUGCUGUAUUAGCAGCCAUGUCCAUACAAGGUUCAGCAAAUCUGCAAACCCAGUGGAAUAUUGUAGGGGAAUUCAGUAAUUUGCCACAAGAAGAACUUAUAGAAUGGAUCAAAUACAGUACCAAACCAGAUGCAGUGUUUGCGGGCGCCAUGCCCACGAUGGCAAGUGUUAAACUGUCUGCACUGCGGCCCAUUGUGAAUCAUCCGCAUUAUGAAGACGCAGGUUUGAGAGCCAGAACGAAAAUAGUGUACUCCAUGUAUAGUCGAAAAGCAGCUGAGGAAGUGAAGCGAGAGCUGAUAAAGUUACAAGUGAAUUAUUACAUCCUAGAAGAGUCAUGGUGUGUAAGAAGAUCCAAGCCUGGUUGCAGUAUGCCUGAGAUUUGGGACGUGGAAGACCCUGCUAACGCCGGGAAACCCCCCUUAUGCAGCCUCUUGGUGCAGGACUCGCAGCCUCACUUCACCACUGUAUUCCAGAACAGUGUUUACAAAGUCUUAGAAGUUAUAGAAGAGUGACUGCUGCCGCAGAGAACCACAUCAGUAAUGGUUUUCAUGUUUUGCUAAUAACUCAUGCCUUGUUUUUAAUUCAAAUCCCAAAAACUUUUAUAGGUAACUGUUUUCAAGUAGAAAAUGUUUUAGCUGCUCAAUUUGAAUGUCAUUCUGAUUGUAAAAAUACACCAUUAUCAAUUUGGGUACUCUUUCAGUGCACCCCUUAAAAUUUGCUAUGCAAAUGAGUAUGUGCUUGUACUUGACUUGAAUUAUUCGUGCUAAAAUGAGCAAAGCUAUGUGUAUCCAAAACAUGAUGGGUCAUGACAAGGAUGAUAUAAGAACAUAGUCAACUCUGAACUGUGUCGGGGCUGGUUUUACAGUUUAUGGACUGUUGAUGACCCGUACUGUUUUUUUUUGCCGCUUUUGGACAUUUCAGUGACUGUCGUGAGCUCCUCAGUCACGCUGGUCCCUGUGUAGAUGGGGCAGACGUGGGUGUUUACCACGUGGAGUCAUCUGUUUAUUUCAUGUUUUCAUGUUCCUUUGUUCUCUGUUGCCUUUGUGUGUGAAGCAUUUUCUGCCCAUCAUUAUUCCAAACUCUUGCACCUCGUGGGCAGGACCAAAUUCCUGUACUUACCAGCAGUGUGGUAUUGGCGUGUCUCUCCUCUCUGUUCCCGCUCCCUUCCUCUCCCAAUAUUCGAAUAAGUGGUGUAUACUCAUGUAGUUUCUUAGCAAGUACUUAUUCUUGGUUAAAAAAAUUUAAUGGCAAUUGUGUAUUUUUCUCGUUUUUAGUAUUAUUCAAAUGUGUACGUUUUAAUACCUUUAAACCACUUUAAAAUUUUUUCAUGUAUAAUUGUAGUUUUAAGAAAAACUAUUUUGAACAACCUCACAUUAGAAUCUAGUGUAUAUUUCUGUAGAUAUAACUUAUGGUGGCAGUAGACUGUAGUAUGUGGUAAUUUUACUAUUAAGAUAUAAUAAAACAUGACUAAUUUUUCUGUCAAAAAGUGAGUGAAAAAUGAUAAGCGAAUGGUAUUUUUAUAGUUUACUUUUAAAAUUGCCUGUCUUUAAUAAGACAAAGCCUUAAGCCUUAUAAUUUUGGUUCCGGAAACCAUCAUUUCAGUAUGAGCAAUGAAUAUAUUCAGCCUUCCUCUUAAUAUUUUUCUCCCUAUUUAUGUUUAUUUUGAAAAGUUUCCAAACCUGCUUUGAAUUCCUAGUAUGAAUUUUUGUUUUCUAGAAGUUAAUUUGUGUGAAAUGAGAUUUUUCAAAACAGUGAAUCCUUUUAGUUCUGAAAAAUGGCUCUAAGAUGUUCAAUUCUAAGCCAACCGUGACUCUGGCAGACUACACCUUUAAUUAUACAGUGUUUUCUUUAUUAACCACAGGCAGAUUAACCUCACUGUGGAUUGUCCUUAAGAGCCGAGUCCUCAGGGAUGGUUUCCGGUGCCCACUCCUGGGAGCCACUGAAGAGCUGUCCUCUUUCUGCCUUCUCUCCAGAGCCUAAGGACAGGCCUGGUCUGGAGCAGGCACCAGCUCGCUCAGAGCAGACAGCUGCAGACCCAGCCUCGGCUCAGGAGUGUGCGGCCCCUGGCCUCCCCGCCCGCAGCCUGCGUGUCCGGGGAGCCUCCUGCCAGCCCCGGAAUUCCAUCAGUGUCUUCAGGUGUCUGCCCCCUCUUUUUCGCUUGCUGAGUGACUUUUAUUUCUUUGGCUUUUGCCUGUUUCAGAAAAUAGGGAAGUAGCCUAGGUGGAUGAGCGUCCGGGGCGGGAAGAGGGAAGUCUGCUCUGCUCUGUCUACAACUGUUUCUCACCCAAAUGUGGCUGUUUUGUACGUUCAGCAGUUACUGUUUUUUAAAAAAUGGUACUUUUAGAAUUAGUCUCUGUUCUUCCCACCUUCUGAUCAUUUCCUUCCUAAUAAGUUCACAUGUAAUGACUGGAAAUUCUGUACGGGAAAAACAUUAAAAUACUGUUGGGAAAGGGCAAAAGUAGUCAAGUGUGUUGUUCUUGAGAAGCAUCCUUUUGUAGCAUUAUUUAUGAAUGGAACUCCACCAGCAAGCUGUGAUUCUGUUGUAGGCCAGACAGUUCAGAACAGGGCCUUGAGCUAAGCUGCACACUCAGUCUGGGUCACAACUGGUAGCAGCCGGUGCUGUAGAUCAUAAAUCUCUUUUAUGGCAACAUAGUGUAGUAGUAGGUUUGAUAUACAGGACAAAGCAGUAUUACAGCUCAGUAUUUUAUGCAUUUAAAAAUAUUUUUGCUUUCAUGUGAGGAAGGUAAGGAUGGGCCAGGAGGCGAUAAAAAUAGCUAUUGCUAUGACAUGGAAAACAACGUUGGGGCAGUAUUUCUAUAAAAAGACAAGCCUCUAGACAUGCUUAGCAGAAAAGUUGUCAUGUUAAAAUAAGACAAAGAUAUUAAGGAGGAAAUGAACGGAUGUUUCAGGAAUAAAGUGAUAAUACAUAGGAGUAUUGUAUUUUUAUGAAUUUUAUGCCAGUUGUUUACAUGUACUAUGUAUGUUAAAUAAAAAUGAUCAUGAAAGAUA